GCGGUUAUAGUGGUAGUCCACGAGACAGGUGGAUUCCAUUCUUGGUCCGAACGAGCAUCGCGUUAGCUGGUGUGGUUUUAGUGUACCCUUUUAACUAGUUCAGUGAUCCAAGACACGGCUCUCCUAGAGCAGGAUUACCACUCUUGGGGGCUGCCGCGCCGAACACAGACAGAAUAACCUGCUCCUGGAGAAGAUCGUAAGGAAAUGCCGUUGCACAUACUCGUCGCAGUCGGCCUUUUUUGUCAAGGGCUGGCCGUCCUGGGUGAAGACGUCGAAGUGGUCGAGGCCGUUCCUGGCUCGGAAGAGACCCAAGAACACAGCAACGAAGACAACGACACCAACCCGGACCAACUCGCUCUCGAAGAACAAGACCAACCUCCCAAAAAACUCGCCUAUAACGGCCCUCCACGAGGACCCAUAAACAUACCUCCCAGGAACAACCAACACUACCCCCACAAACCAUUCAAGAACAACAAACCAAUCUAUGACAACAAGAAUGCCUACAAUGGGCCUCCUCCACCUCCCCCAAAGCAAGCCAUGGACAAAUAUGGGACAUCAGGGGGGGAUAUAUGGCCGGCCCCCGUUCCAGACAUGCCCAAAAUCAUCUCGCUUGAUGUCAAGUGUGAGAAAAAUCUAAUGAAGGUCUAUAUCGGUUUUGAUAAACCUUUCUACGGGAUUGUCUUCAGUAAAGGUCACUAUAGUAAUGUCCAUUGCGUGCAUCUCCCUGCCGGGCUUGGGCGGACUUCCGCCCAUUUCGAAAUCGGGAUUCACGCCUGUGGGACAUCUGGGAACACCGAAAAUGGGCUUUAUGGGUAUGGAGCGGAGUCGGGAUCUGGGACUUAUUUCGAAAACAUCAUAGUGAUCCAGUACGACCCUCAGGUGCAGGAAGUCUGGGACCAAGCCCGGAAACUACGUUGCACGUGGCAUGACCAAUACGAAAAAUCAGUUACUUUCCGACCUUUCCCAGUCGACAUGCUUGAUGUAGUCAGGACUGACUUUGCGGGUGAUAAUGUCGGUUGCUGGAUGCAAAUCCAGGUCGGGAAAGGCCCAUGGGCUAGCGAAGUCUCCGGUUUGGUCAAAAUCGGCCAAACUAUGACCAUGGUCCUUGCUAUAAAAGACGACGACAGUAAAUUCGACAUGUUGGUCAGAAACUGUAUGGCACAUGACGGUAAAAGAGCCCCAAUCCAGCUGGUUGACCAGAAGGGUUGCGUCACUCGUCCCAAACUCAUGUCAAGGUUCACCAAAAUCAAGAAUUUCGGGGCUUCCGCCUCUGUGCUGUCCUAUGCACAUUUCCAAGCUUUCAAAUUCCCGGAUAGUAUGGAAGUCCAUUUCCAGUGUACCAUCCAGAUUUGUCGGUACCAAUGCCCGGAUCAGUGCUCCGAAACGAAUUUGGGUCAUAAUGGGAUUCUUGAGUUGGCUCAUAGUGCCCCCGAUGCGGGGUAUGGCCCACCGCCGCCUCCGCCGCUCUCAAUUGAGGCCUAUUUGCACGGGGGGCGGCCCAGAGACGAACGCAGAGUUCGCAGGUCGGUCAAAAACGACCCUGAGAAAGAAGUGGGUCUUAAUCGAGUCAUUCGAGUGGUUUCAACAGGUGAUUUAACCUUCUCCCUUGAUGAUAACAACAACACCACCACUAUGGUAUUCCCCGCGAAGGAGGAGCUGGCCAGUCCGGGUCUGAUUUGUAUGACCACGCCCGGAUUUGCGGCCACUUUGGUGGUGCUUUUAGGUAUUCUUAUCAUUUCGUGUCUGAUGUCAGCUUUCCUCUGUGUGAGAUUAAGGCCUAAAGCUUCAGGGCACCAAAAAAAAGCGACGACCAAAAGUUGUUUCUACUCGUAAUAAAGCUCAAUGGUUUAGAUUAAGGGCUACAAGCGUGGUCAUUGGGACCAAAGCUUUAUUAAUCACAGGCGAGCGGUACGAAUUAAUGAAGCUUUGAGUCGGAAGUUUGUGAUCAGGCAUUGUAUCCGACACGUGUAGUUGUAAGGUUACCUUGAAAUUGUUUUUGGAAUUUUUUGACUAAAUCACUGAUACGGCAAGUGUAUAGAAUGUGAUGUAAAUACAAUAGUUUGAGAUUUUUGCGGAAGGUCGUGGUCGGUUUUGGUACUAGAAUAAAAAAUUGUAGACUUAGGACUAGGUUACGUAUUUAUUUAUUUAUUUUUAUUUAUAUAUCCAAAAAGACAAUAAUUGCAGUAUGUACCUGUAUAGAAAUAGUUUGUCGAAAUUUUGUAUUGGUAUUCCGAACAAAAUGUAUUUCAAUAAAAGCAACUAUUUUUGUA